AUGAGGUUAUUCUUGUGGAAUGCGGUCUUGACGCUGUUAGUCCCCUCUUUGAGUGGGGCUCUGAUCCCUGAGCCAGAAGUGAAAAUUGAAAUUCUCCAGAAGCCGUUCAUCUGCCAUCGCAAAACGAAAGGAGGGGAUUUGAUGUUGGUGCACUAUGAGGGUUACUUAGAAAAGGACGGCACCUUAUUUCACUCCACUCAUAAACAUAACAAUGGUCAGCCCAUUUGGUUUACCUUGGGCAUCCUGGAGGCUCUCAAAGGCUGGGACCAGGGCUUGAAGGGAAUGUGCGUAGGAGAGAAGAGAAAGCUCAUUAUUCCUCCUGCCCUGGGAUAUGGAAAAGAAGGAAAAGGUAAAAUUCCCCCAGAGAGUACAUUGAUAUUCAACAUAGAUCUCUUAGAAAUUCGAAAUGGACCAAGAUCACAUGAAUCAUUCCAAGAAAUGGAUCUCAACGAUGACUGGAAACUCUCUAAACAAGAGGUUAAAGUGUAUUUAAAGAAAGAGUUUGAAAAGCAUGGUGCAGUGGUGAAUGAGAGUCAUCAUGAUGUUUUGGUGGAGGAUAUUUUUGAUAAAGAAGAUGAAGACAAAGAUGGAUUUAUAUCUGCCAGAGAAUUUACAUAUACACAUGAUGAGUUGUAG